AUGUCUGCCGCAACUGCAAUAAAUGCCCGGCUUAGUGAAGCUUGUAAAUCACUCGAGAUUCCAGGAGUAGUCGCCAUUGCCAAUGCAGGAGAAACUUUUCAGUAUGCAGAAGCUUUCGGAGUUAGCUCACUAAAGCAAGGAGAAACGCACAAGUCUCUGACAUUGGACUCAACAUUCUUUCUCGCAUCAGCCACAAAAUUACUAACAGCUAUCUCGGCUUUGCAAUGUGUUGAGCGAGGCCAGUUGAAUCUUGAUGAAGACGUUACUCAUUGGCUUCCUGAAUUGAAGGACCUGGAGAUUUUGACUGGAUUUGAUGAUGAGGGGAAACCAGUGCUGGUCAAGGCUGUGAAUAAGAUCACGUUGCGUCACCUCCUUACCCAUUCUUCCGGUUUGGCAUAUGAGAUGUUCAACCCGCUGCUCCAGCAGUGGCGACAAUCCACGGGUAUUCACCUGCCAGCCAAGAAGCUACCAGUAGUCGAGUUCUAUCAUGUACCACUACUCUUCGAACCGGGUUCUAGUUACAUUUACUCUACUGGGUUCGACUUCGCGGGCGUAAUAGUCGCCAGAGCAAACUCCAUGACACUCAACGCAUACAUGGAAAAAUAUGUUUUCCAGCCCUUGGGCAUCCGGAACCUAACACUUGACCUCGACUCCAAGCCGGAUGUGCUCGCUCGCCAAGUCGACUUGAGCAUGCGAACAGGUGAUACCCAUCCGGUAUUCGGCACAGCAAUAGAUUCAUCCGCGUCCCUGACUUAUAUCCCACCUCUGAAUAUGGGUGACAGCCUAGAGGAUGCUUCUGGGGGUGGCGGAGGGUAUGGUAGCUUGCUUGACUAUAGCAAGAUUCUGAAGAGUCUUGCCGUAGAUGACGGGAAACUGCUAGCUUCCGAGAUGCUUGACGAGUUGUUCCGUCCGCAACUGAAAGAUGCUGCUGCGGCUAAGUUCAAGGAAUUCUUGUCUAUCAAGGAAAUGAACAACAUCAUGGCUGGUAUGGGAGUUGGGGUCGAUGCAAACCAUUCUCUUGGCGGGGCUAUUGUUUUGGAGGAUGUUCCUGGCAGACGGAGAAAGGGGACCAUGACUUGGGCGGGGUUGCCUAAUGUUUACUGGUGGGUCGACAGGGUCACAGGCACUAGUGGUGUCUUUGGAACGCAGAUCCUUCCUACUGGAGAUGAGAAGUGCAUUGAGCUGUAUAGAGCAUUUGAGGACUUCGUAUACGCAGCUGGGAAAAAUUAG